AAAAAUGGCGAAAACAACGUUUCGAAGCUCUCGAUCGUCACUCUCCGAUCGGAAAACUGGACUUUCCGGCGCCGUAGCUUCUUUCAAAUUUAUGUUCUUUGCUUCCGCCAUCACCGUCGCCGUCUUCCUCUUCUUCACUCUCUCUCUUUUUGUCACUCCCUCCACCACCAACCCCUCCGAUCUCAACCUCGGUUUCGCAUCUGCUUCGGAUGGAGUUGGAUCGGUGCGGAGAACGGUUCUAGCGCUCAAAUCUGAUCCGUUGAAGCCGCGAUUGGAUCAGAUCAGGAAGCAAGCGGACGAUCACCGAUCUCUGGUUCUCGCUUAUGCUUCGUAUGCUCGGAAACUGAAGCUUGAGAAUUCGAAGCUUGUUAGGGGUUUCGCUGAUCUCUCUCGGAACUACACGGAUCUGAUCACGAAACCUGCGUAUAAGGCUAUGUUUGACUCCGAUGCGAGCUCGAUUGACGAGAUUGUGCUUCGACAGUUUGAGAAGGAGGUGAAGGAGCGGAUCAAGGUCACGCGACAAGUUAUCGCGGAGGCGAAGGAGUCUUUCGAUUACCAGCUCAAGAUUCAGAAGCUCAAGGACACGAUUUUUUCCGUAAAUGAGCAGUUAACGAAGGCGAAGAAGCAAGGGGCGUUCUCGAGCUUGAUUGCAGCGAAAUCGAUCCCGAAGAGCUUGCAUUGCGUCGCUAUGAGAUUAAUGGAAGAGCGAAUUGCUCAUCCGGAUAAGUACUCGGACGAAGGAAAGCCAACUCCUCCUGAGAUUGAGGACCCGAAGCUUUACCACUACGCAAUUUUUUCAGAUAAUGUGAUUGCAGCGUCGGUUGUGGUGAAUUCGGCAGUGAAGAACCAGAAAGAGCCAUGGAAGCACGUGUUUCAUGUUGUGACUGAUAAGAUGAAUCUCGGAGCAAUGCAGGUUAUGUUCAAGAUGAGGGAUUACAAUGGAGCUCACAUUGAGGUCAAGGCCGUGGAGGACUACAAGUUUUUGAAUUCUUCAUACGUUCCCGUGCUUCGGCAACUCGAAUCCGCAAACUUGCAAAGGUUUUAUUUUGAGAAUAAGCUUGAGAACGCAACAAAAGACACAACCAACAUGAAAUUUAGGAACCCUAAGUAUUUGUCAAUGCUGAAUCAUCUGAGGUUUUAUUUGCCCGAAAUGUACCCGAAAUUGCACAGGAUCUUGUUUUUGGAUGAUGAUGUGGUUGUUCAGAGGGACCUUACAGGGUUAUGGAAGAUAGACAUGGAUGGAAAGGUGAAUGGGGCUGUUGAGACUUGUUUCGGGUCGUUCCAUCGGUAUGCGCAGUACAUGAAUUUCUCACACCCUUUGAUCAGAGAGAAGUUUAAUCCAAAGGCGUGUGGAUGGGCUUAUGGGAUGAACUUCUUCGAUUUGGAUGCUUGGAGAAAGGAGAAAUGCACAGAACAGUAUCACUACUGGCAGACUCUGAAUGAGAACCGGACCUUGUGGAAACUGGGGACAUUGCCCCCAGGCCUGAUCACCUUUUAUUCCACAACAAAACCACUAGACAAAUCUUGGCAUGUUCUGGGGCUUGGCUAUAAUCCAAGCAUAAGCAUACAAGAGAUCAAUAAUGCUGCAGUUGUGCACUUCAACGGGAAUAUGAAACCUUGGCUUGAUAUUGCCAUGAAUCAAUUUCGGUCACUUUGGACAAAGCAUGUCGACUAUGAUAAUGAGUACAUCCAGGCCUGUAAUUUCGGCCUUUAGAUAAAUGCGCUCAUAGUUGAAUCCUAUGCUUGAAGGAUCUGCCAAUGCUAAGUCCUUGUGCAAGCAUAUGUUUUGCGAGGCCCAUCUUUUCUUGUUACACGAAACUUAAAUGUUCGCCCAUCUUUUCUUGUUACACGAAACUUAAAUGUUCUUAUCUAGUGUCGUAGAAUUUUUAUGUCUACCUAAGUUUUAGCAUUCUUCUUUUGCUUUCAGAAAUGUCAAAACAAAUGGUAGUUCAUAAAUUAUGCUUCAAUUGUUCAUAUGCAUUUACAAUUAAUUGUCU